AUGAGUCAACAACCAACAUAUGAAAAAGUAUAUCAGAACAUAAGCAUUGGAGACAAUGAAGAGAAUAUACAAAAGAAUAUACAAAAUGAUGAAAUAAACAAAGAGAAUGAACAAACUAAAAAAAUCAAAGAAACAGAAUGGCAUAAACCCAAUGAAAUUCAACAAAACCAAUGUCAACAAUAGACAAUGACAUUACUAAAGAAGGAAGCGAUGAACAAAGAAAAGAUAUAAGUGAGAGAGAAAUAAAACAAGAGUAUUAUAAUUUUGAAAAAUACAAAGACAUUUUAUUAAGAAUUAGCAUCUUAGUUAAAACAAUACAACCAAUGGCAAAUUCAGAAACUGUUAAUAGACUGAGUAACUUAAUUAUUCAUAACUUAAUUAUGUAUGGAAGAAAUGUUGAAGAAUGGAGAGAAAUAGAAGAGUUUGGAGAAAUAGAUAUUGGAGUUAUUCAAAGAAAUAUAAUUAAUCAAAUUGUAUCAACAUACCGAAAACAUGAAGUAAUCAUUAAAGCAAUAUUUGUUGAUAAAGUAAAAAGAAUAAUAACAAGAAUCAAAGAAGGAAAUUUUUCAAUUGAAGAAAUAUAUAAAUAUCCAUUAAUUGGAACUGAAUGGGGAUAUGCAUUUGAUAUUGCAUUAUGUAAUGAAAUUGUUCAUAAAGGAAAUGAAAUGUAUUAUGAAUAUUUGAAUAAUCCAAUUAUUUCAUAUUAUUUAAUGUAUCAAUUUGGAGCUGUUGAUAAACAAAAGCAAAUAGAAAUCAUCAAAACAAGAAUAAAUUUUUUGAUGAUGUUAUUCAAUAUGUAA